ACAUUUUUUUCGUACAAACCAACGUGCUUGUCGCAAUAUUGAAAAAAUUUUAGUUUUUAUUAAAUUUUUGCAAUUAAUUAAAUAAAAAUGAAAUUAAGCACAUAUAAUUUUCUUACCUCCAAACCUAUAAAAGGUGUAAAAGUAGGAUUUCCCUUAAAAUUAACCAUUUCCAAAAAGGAUGUUAUAGAGGCAGAAUUUAAUCCUACUUUCAUCGAAAGACUUCUACCCAAAUUAGAUUGGCCUACAGUACACUUGGCAGCUCAAAUGGUGGAAUUGGGUGAUGAUAUACCAGCCGAACAACCUGCCAAUAUUGGUGAUAAUGAAGAACUUUUGCAAAAACUACACCAUCUUUUAUUGGAAGUAGAUGUUUUGGAGGGUCAAUUAGAAUGUCCAGAAACCGGCCGUGUAUUCCCCAUUACCGAUGGUAUACCUAAUAUGUUGUUGAAUGAAGAUGAAGUUUAGAUCAAUUUGAUUUCUUAUCUCCUUUUUAUGUAUUUUAUUUACAUAACGCGACUUUUAUUUGUACCUAUGUACUAGUAGUGCUUCUUGUUAAUUUAAGUUUAUAAAUAAUAUAUAAAAUCACCAGAAAACUAA